AAUGCUUUUGGAACAUGUCUAUACAACCCGGAAAACUCACAGCCACCCAGUGGGAGUUGAGGUCCACAACACCUGGAGGGCCGACCUUUGCCCACGCCUGGUGUAGAUGGACGCGGAGACUGCGACGAAGAGGCAACACCGGGCGAUGACUUUUGUUUGGGAGGAGGUGAGGAUGGCUGAAGCCUAAGAGGCGGGGUGACCAUUCCCAAGAGAAGGAGGGGGGUCUUUGGCUCAGGAGGCGUGGAAAGGGGAGGCUCCCUCCCCGCCUGGCCCCUCCCGGGUGUUUGUGGACGGACCACGUGGCAGAGGCGAGUCAGGCUCGCUCCGGAGAGACUGGCAGCCUGGCUCCUCUUUGAACCCGCAUUCGUCCCGCCAGCCAGCAGCGGGUUGCCCAGCCCAGCAUGGAAGGCAGGAGGCUCUGCCGCCUCGCCGCCCUUUGGUGCCUCUUCGCGGGAAAUCUCCUGCCCAUGCCAGGAUAUGGACAGAAUUUGGCAUCAGUUCCAUCCAGCAGUGAUACUGGCAACCUUAGCUCUUGGACAAAUGGAUCAAUUGCUACCAGUACGGAAGACAGCAAUAUCACAGUCACUUCACACUUCAAUGUCAGCAGCUCUACCCCACCUGAACUUCUGGCUCUCACCACACUUGGAUUCUUGAAUACCACAACAACCCAGAGUACAGACCGUGUCACUAAUAGUAGCAAUGGCAUUCCCUCCCUUCCUAAUCCAACUACAAAACUCGUGGAAGCUAACCAGUCUGUUCUGAAUGAUACCAAAGCCAUUAAUUUCACAUCUUGGGAAACCUCCAGCCCUAACUCCACAGUGACAGAGACCUCUCAAUCAGAGAUGCAAGGGCCAACAGCUCCCCAGCCACAAUCUUCCACACUCAGCACUUUGGAACCUAUGAAAAGGAGACAAGAAACCACACCAGUGACAGACCAUGAAGCUAUCACAGAGGAAAGCAUUAUCAAAUCCACAUCGGCUCCAACUGCUGCUGAUGGAAGAGUUCUUGGAGUUUCAUCUAGUACCAUCACAACAUCUGGUGUUGUCUCUUCCACACUCCUGGACCACAAUGUCAAACCAGUAAAAACAGAGCAACCCGCUAACCAUGUACAAAAGGCAGCUGUAGCUGAGAUGGGAGGUGAUGGUGAAGAUCUGCCCAAUAUGCUGGAAACCACUUCCAUACGGGAAGAUCCACUGAUGAUUGCUGUCAUCUUCAUCUUCACUAUUAUAGUAGGAAUUGUCGCUCUCAUGGGUUUCUUGCGAUAUCGUCAGCACAGUGGUCGUCUACAGUUUCGACGACUUCAGGAUUUGCCCAUGGAUGACAUGAUGGAGGAUACGCCUCUCUCCCUAUACAGCUACUAAGCAACUUUGAAGAUCAUUUUGUAAUUCUUAUAAAUCAAAAGAGCCCCAACACAGCAAGGAUCCCAACUGAGAAGAGACUUCCCUCCAAGAUUUGCAAACUGUUGUGUCGAUUUACAAGUUGAGAGUCAGCAAAUUAUUCCAUAUUCAUAUUUUUGAGAACUGAAGCCACCCAGAUCUCUCCCUGUUACCUUUGUACUUUCUUUGCUUGGAGACAAACAACUCUGAGGGGAAAAAUCACAAACUCUUGUCAGGUGACUACAAUAAUUCAUUAAAGCAAAGGGAGAUCUAGCCUGGAUUCCAAGUAGCAGCAUUGCAGGACUCUUACACAAGAAGGUGCUAAAGCAAGCCAGCCCUUUGCGAGUGUUACUUGCAAAUAUACAUCCAACAAACGAUGACUUAGAGGCAUUGUUGGUUCCCUUCUUGAGCUUCAUUUUGUUUUAACCGCACUUAUAUUUUGACUUUUCAUCCAGAGGAGCCAAAGAUGUUCCAAGAGGAAAAGGCAGGAAAAUGGGAAAUGAUUCUUUCCAUAAGAGCCCUUCUGAUCAGACCAAACCUCCGUUUAAUUUGACAUCCUGUCUUCACAGCAGCUAGGCAGAUGCCAUGGAAAAGCUCAAACAGAGAUGGAAGACAAUCAUCAUAUACUGGCAGAUGGUGUUUGGCGACCUGUUGAAUAGUUUGACUACUCUAGAAGCAUUUUCCUCUUACAUUGAGUUCAAGGUGAAGUAAAAGAUAACUGUGAUUUGAACAACA